AUGACUGAUCAUAUCGAAGGAAUGAUUCAGAAUGUCUAUAGGCCGGACUAUGAGGCUAAACGAUAUCCUGGAGGGAGGAAGAACCCUGACAAUCAUCACCAUUACCGCAAAUGGGGCUUUACAGUCUACCGGACAUACUACGCUAAGGAGUCUGAAGAGGCCUGGGAAAUGCUGGUGCGCUCCUUGAGACAUCAGACCAGAUUGGCAUUCGGCGGCUUUGAACGAGAGGAUGUUGAUCAAGACGACGUGCAACGACUGAAGGACUUGUUCAGAAUCGAUGUUCGAGAGGAUCCUUCGCAACUAGAGGGACUCGAUGCUCAAGGUAUUCGGGAUUUCUGCAAUGCUGAGUCACUCAAAGAGGAGCAAGCUGUAGUACAGAUACCGGGUAAGAGGCGCCGCUUGACCACCAGACCUAUUAAAAGCCGUGGCAUGGCAGACUGCGUCCAUCAAUAUGUGCUGCUAGCCGACGAGGCAACUUUGAGGGACGUAGCGAGUGGCGAAUUUAUCGUUAAAGCUGUCCCGUUGCAAUGGAUGGGGGACUACGGAUGGCCAGGGGGCUGGAUGAGGAUCCCAACAGGCUACCUAUUGGACCUGUGGAUUCUCCUUUGUGAUUGGCCAUACCGUACAGAAAUCGCGCUACAAUUCCAUGGUUCUGAGGAAGAGCUCCACUCUUGGAUCUGGCCUGGUGAUGAUAAUCGUGAUGGCACUGGGAAAUAUUCUGAGAUCCGAAAAUUCCCACAUUACUACAACCAACAGCGCUUUGUGCAAUUGUAUCCACAACGCACUUCACCUAACAGCUCGGAUGAGGAUCGGCCUCUACGGCGCUCACUGCUCGGACGACGGAAGCAAAAAUCUUCUUCUGCAGAUGUUGAAGCAGCAGACUAA